GCCCGUCACGUGGCGCGAAGGUUUAAAUGCCCGGAGGAGGGGGCGCCUGGACGGGGCAAGCCAUGUGGUCGCUGCAGGCGCUGAAGCUGGGCUGCCUGCUCGGGCUGGCGCUUCUGCCGCUCCUCUUCGGCCUCCUCCCGGCCGUGCUCCUCAGCCUGCGGGGGACCGCCGGGACCGGCUUUUUUCAGCGCUGGCGGGGCAUUCUGAGCUGCGCGGCCGGCGGGGUGUUCCUGGCCGCUUGCCUGCUAGACAUCGUGCCCGACUCGCUGGCCGACCUGCGGGAAGAGCUGGGCCGACAGAGCCUCUCGCUGGCCUUCCCGACGCCCGAGCUGGUCCUGGCGCUGGGCUUCCUGCUGGUCCUGGUCCUGGAGCACGUGAUCUUGGCGUGCAGCGAGCGGCGCGGGGACGACGACGCCGUGCCCCUCCUGCCCUGCCCCGCCUCUCACCGGGGCCAGCAGAGCGCUGGGGUGGCGGGGGCCCCCCACUGCCACGAGGCUGCAGAAGCGCGCUCCCCGUCCUCCUUCCGCUCGGUGGUGCUGACGCUCUCGCUCUCCUUCCACUCGGUCUUCGAGGGCCUGGCUGUGGGCCUGCAAGACACAGAGCCGAAGGUGCUGCAGCUGGCGGUGGCCAUCCUGCUCCACAAGACCAUCAUUGCUGCCAGCCUGGCCCUGCUGCUGCUCCAGAGUCGCCUCCCCCUGCGCUGGCUGGCAGCCUCCAUUGUCACCUUUGCCCUGAUGUCCCCGCUGGGUGUCGGCCUGGGGAUGGCAGUGACCCACGACCCUGGCCCGGGCAGCGCCACGGCCCGCAGCGUGCUGGAAGGCGUGGCAGCGGGGACCUUCAUGUACAUCACCUUCCUGGAGGUCUUGCCCGAGGAGCUGCACGACCCUGCCAGCCGCUUGCCCAAAGUCCUCGCUGUCCUCUUGGGCUUCUCGGGGAUGGCUGGUCUGCACUUCUUGGGCUGAGGGUCAGCGGCUGAUUGGGACACCCUCCCUGCGGAGAUGGACUCUGGCAGGCUGAGGACAGCCUCUGGUUCCCAGGUGGCAGCGUCUUGGAACGAAGGGGUGGAAUGGCUACCCCCCCCCGUGGGUACUGAUGGCCUGUGCCCUGAAAUCUUUUUAUUAAAAAUCUUGCUACUUUAUAA